GGCCUCUACUUAAACACGCCACUCGCCCACUCUUUGUCCCUCCCCCAACAGCCCAACCCCAAAGGACCAUCUGUCCUCUACCUUCGCUGAGUCAUUCCUUCCUCUGUCUCGAUUCAUCUGGAGGCAGAUUGACGGUGCCCGACCGUGAUGACAGCGUGGCCUUGAUUCCAGGCAACCAGAGAAGCACAUCCUACUUUGAACAAUCAAGUCCCCGCUCUCUACACACCAUCAUCACUUGACGGCACCGGCCAUCUACUCUCCUCGAUAUACAACUCGAUAAUAUCCUACCAUCCAACCACCACAUACACAAUACACACAUAUCCAUGAUGGCAGAGACAACGUCACUCCGUGACUUGGAGUCUCUCUCCGCAUCCCCGGAACCCGAGAUGCCUUUGACUAUCUCUCCUUCAGAUACGUCAUUGGAUUCUCCGGAACCGGUGGACGACGACAUGAAGGAAGACGAGAAGAAGCCCACGAAGAAGAGAAAGUCCUGGGGUCAGGAACUACCAGUGCCCAAGACCAACCUUCCUCCAAGGAAACGAGCCAAGACCGAAGAUGAAAAGGAGCAGCGUCGCAUCGAGCGUGUUCUUCGAAACCGCGCGGCCGCUCAAACAUCCCGUGAGCGCAAGCGCCUUGAAAUGGAGAAGCUGGAAACCGAGAAGAUCCGCAUGGAGCAACAAAAUCAAUUCCUCCUACAGCGCCUUCAGCAGAUGGAAGCCGAGAACACCCGCCUGUCUCAACAGGUCGCUCAGCUCUCUGCGGAGGUGCGCGGCUCUCGUAGCAGCACUCCCGUCAAGGCCGGCUCUCCGGUCCCCAACUCCUCCGCCACCACUACCUCCCCUACUCUCACUCCUACUCUCUUCAAACAAGAAGGCGAAGAACUCCAAAUGGAGCGAAUCCCUUUCCCCACCCCAUCCACCAUCACCCUCGACUACUCACCCACCCUCAAGCCCUCCACUCUGGCUGAGGCCACCACCGACGUGACACAACAUCCUGCCGCGAUGUUGUGCUCCCCAGACCUGCAGUGUCCGUCGGCGGCCUCGAAGGAGCAGGCGCUCUCCCUCUCUUCGACCUCGAACUUCCAGUUCACUCUAGCAACGACGUUGCAGCUCCUCUUUCUGACGAUGACUUCCGUCGCCUCUUCCACAGUGACAUUCCCACUGCUCCGCAUUCUUCAUUCCCUGAAGACGGGUUCGCCUUUGGCACUCUCGACGGCGGAGAUCUAUCAGCAUUUCCCUUUGAUUCAUUGGUUGAUUUCGACCCCGAGUCUGUCACCCUCGACGGUGACCGGCCCGUCCUUUCGGAUGAGACUUCUCACUCGACUGCUAGCAUGCAGCCCAGCCUUGGCGCGUCCACUUCGCGAUGCGACGGGCAGAGCAUUGCAGCUAGCGGUUAGGGAGCAGAUCUUCAGCCCGCAGGGGACGGUGUCGGCCACGUCGGAGGGUCGAUCGACUUGGAUGUCCUUGUUGACUAUGGCCUGGGCAAUCGAUAUCGCGACGACGCGGGCGAGCUAUGGGAGUAGCUUCAUCAUCAUCAUUAUCUAUGUCGACUGUGAAAGGGGCCGGGAUUGGCAAGAUACAAUCUCGGGUCUCUUCUUCUGGCCGACGACGCAGUUACGGAAAGAUGGGUCCAUCUCAUCAACAUCAACAUCAACGGAGUACACGGAGUUCCUGGAGUUCGUCAUCAACGGGUACGGGCGAGACUAUGUCGUCGGUGCUUUUGGUCUAUCCACCAUGGUCCGCAGAGAUCCCAUCUUCGAAGCUCGCACAAAUGUCAAGCUCCACUCAAACCGCCUCAAAAAAGAAGCCUCCCGCGCCGAAGCAACAUUCAAAUCCGAAAAAGCAAAAGCCGACCGCGCAAUGAAAGCCCGCGAAUUCCAAAUCGCCCGCAUCCACGCCUCCUCCGCCGUCCGCGAAAAAAGGCGCCAAGUCACUCUAAGAGCCGAAGCCGCCCGCGCAGACGUAAUCAUCAACGAACUCAAAGCCGCUCAAAGCACGCGCGAUACAUCGCGGACUCUCGCGCUUGCAUCGCGAGGCCUGGACGCUGCGAGCAAGAGUGUGAAUCUUGAGAGUCUUGUGGCGCAUGCGAAUAACUUUUUGGCCAGGAGUGAGGACUUUAAGAUUGCGGGCGCCGCUAUUGAGGAUGUUGCGGCUGGCAUUAGUAUGGCGGAGUAUGGGGCGGAGGGGGAGGGGGAGGUUGAUGCUUUGAUGGGCCAGUUGGCGGAUGAUGCGGGGGUUGAGUGGAGGAUGGCGCUUGAAGAUGAGGCGGGGAAGGUUCCUGAGGGGAGGGUUCAAGAGCCAAAAGUGUCAGAGGGAGUUCCUGGGGAGGUAGAGGAUGGGCUUGGGGCGAGGUUGAGGGCGCUGAGGGCUGCUAAUUAGGUGGGGGGGAUGAGAUGAGGGUUUUUGAUUCUUGUCUCUGUCUUUUGCAUGCUUUGCUUGGAAACUAGCCCGUUCUGUUCUGUUUAUACUGGGUGAUACCCAAGAAGGAUGAUCCCCUCCAUCCCUUGUCUUGUCCUGUCUCGCCUUGAGUCAUAGUCCACCCAGUCCGGACUAAGGCUAUAUCACGACGUUACGGUUUCUGCGUUUAGGAGUGGGUUUGGCCCCUGUUAUUCUACUUUUGUCUUGGUUCUUUGCUUGAGCUCAUUCGAUUAUUUUCAUUUGCCUUGGGCUUGUGCUUGUCUUGCGUUGAUUGUGUAUGUUUGAGGCGUUUGUAAAUGGAGGGUUACGUCUAUUUGACGAGGGUUUUCUCAUAUCAUGCUCUACAAAUCUAGAUACUGAAAUUAUUGAGAAUACCUGGGUAGACGUACUUCACACUAGCAUAGAC